AGACGAGAAUGAGCGCGGCGGUCGGUGCCGAGAAGACCGUGUGCGUCACCGGAGCGUCCGGCUGCAUCGCUUCGUGGCUCGUGAAGCUCCUCCUGCAGUGUCGGUACACCGUCAAGGCCUCCGUUCGCCAUCCGAAUGAUCCAAAAAAGACUGAACAUCUGCUUGCACCUGAUGGAGCAAAGGAGAGACUUCAACUGUUCAAAGCAAACCUGCUGGAAGAGGGUUCAUUUGAUCCUGUUGUUGAGGGUUGUGCAGGCGUUUUUCACACUGCCUCUCCCUUUUAUCAUGAUGUCAAGGAUCCGCAGGCAGAAUUACUGGAUCCUGCUGCGAAGGGGGGAACUCUUAAUGUUUUGAGGUCGUGUUCCAAAACACCUUCUGUGCAGCGUGUGGUCUUGACAUUAUCUAUGGCUGCAGUUGAGGAUGAUGGAAUACUGAGGACGCCUGAUGUUGAGGUGGAUGAAGAUUGGUUUUGUCACUCUGACUUGUUGAGGGAAAAUAACAUGUGGUAUGAGUAUGAGCUUUACAAGACUUUGACUGAGGAAGCUGCCUGGGAAUUUGUGAAAGAAGAGGGUAAUUCAGCAACAUUCAACAUAAGUGCUGCAGCGAUCGCAAAUUUGAUAAAUGGUGCACCAACAUUUCCAGAUGAAAGUUGUGGAUGGGUGGAUGUCAAAGACGUUGCAAAUGCUCAUACACCGGCAUUUGAAGUCCCAUCAGCCCGCGGAAGAUAUUGCUGA